AUGUUAGUUCGUCUGUCGACAUCGUGCAUCUCUCGAGGAUUAGCAAGAUAUAUCAAUCUUCAUUUAUUUCAGUUCCUGAUGAUCUCCAAUGCUAAUUUUCAAUUUUUUGCUCUAUUCAUUUUACUUGUAAUCUUAGCCAAUAAUCAUAAAACAUUGGCUAAUAGGAUUUAUAGACGAAAUGACUAUGUGCCUCAUUCAUUACUGUAUGUUGAUGGUCAACCAAGAUUUCAAUUGGACAGAUAUAAUUUUUCUGACGAAUCCAUGGACAAUGAACAGACAGCACCUGAUCUUUGGUCAGUAAUAUUUCAUCCGAAAUACAUUCCAGCAAUACCGGGUCCUAGUGUACGACGUGGCGUAAGUUCUUCAAUGCCAUUUAACAAACGUAAAAUUCCAUUGGAACUUCAAAAAGCACUGUAUGCUCAUGGAAUUGUUGGUCGACGGCGUUAA